UUUAUUGAGGUCAUGUAAUUUCCGGAUGUAAACCUACCCUUAGCUGACGCCCCCGUUGCACCCACACAUGUGUAAUUAAAGACAAUUCAAGGGGUUGCAACCCUGUUUAAAACACCUUUCUCUUUAUUAUACAAAUUUAGCAAUAAUUUAGUCUGAAUAUAAUGUGGCACCCCCUGUGUAUCUCCAAACCACGAUCAAAUUUAAUAUUUGAAAGUUUAUAAAAAGUCCAAAAUGUGAGGUUAUGUUUUUAAUAAUGGGGGCUGCACAGUUUUGAGAUGGUUGUGUCUAAAGGUGGAAACGGAAGAUGGCUCAGAAAGUACAAAACAUUUUUUCUGAUCGGUUUAAUAAUUCUGCUAUUCCAAGUCCUCUUAGCUGCACAUUUUCUUGAAUUAAAAACCAACUCAUCAGAUGAUUGGCAGCCACAGAGCCAAAAACCGGUCACCCAAACUGUGGAAACACACCGGAAAAAAUUACAAGUCGCCAAUACAACAAUUUUGCGUCUGGAAGAGCUAAAUUUUAGACCAGAAUGUGAAAUAACGGGAAAAGAAGCUGUUUCAGCUAUUCAUCGUGCUAAGAGCCAAAAUUGUAAACAAUUAAUCGCAAAUGUGACUUGUAAGUCUUUAGCGGGGACUUUGUACCCCAAAAGACUGGCCGGAAGUUGCCCCAAUGAGGGAAAAAUCGCCGGAAAGCCUUUGGGUUGUUUCAAAGAUGAAAAUAAUUACAGACUGCUUAGUGGGUACUUUGGGGUUAAUAAAAAGAGCAAUUCUCCGGAGUAUUGUAUCCAGUUGUGUCUCCAAUCCGGGUUUGAGUAUGCUGGAGUUCAAUAUUCACAUGAGUGUUUUUGCGGUAAUGAUGAGCCCCUCCCAACUUACAAACUUCCAGAUUCGUCAUGUAACAUGAAAUGUCCCGGGGACCCCCAUGCUACUUGUGGGGGCUACUACACCAUUAAUGUGUUUCAAACGGGAAUAAAAAGUAAAGCAGGUUUCAAGGAUUUUCCAAAAUUUAUUUAUCAAAUAAUUUUAGAAUUUGUCCCUCAAGUUGCCAACACUGAAUCGCCCUCAAGCCAUGAAAACGUCAAAAUCGUCUUCCUCCUCACGCUCAACGGGCGAGCCCUCCGCCAAGUCAAAAGACUGCUCAAAAUCCUCUACCACACUCGCCACUAUUACUACAUCCACGUUGACGUGAGAGAAGACUACCUUUUUCGGGAACUCCUCCCUCUGGAGCGCCGUUUCCCCAACAUCCGUCUGACUCGCCGCCGCUUCGCCACCAUCUGGGGCGGCGCCUCCCUCCUGGAGAUGCUCCUGAGUUGCAUGUCCGAACUGUUGGACAUGUCCUGGACCUGGGACUUUGUCCUCAACCUCAGCGAAUCCGACUACCCUGUGAAACAAGUCUCGUCCUUGGAGCGUUUCCUGGGGGCGAACCGCGGCCGCAACUUCGUCAAGUCCCACGGGAGGGACACCCAACGCUUCCUCCAGAAACAAGGCCUGGAUAAGACCUUCGUCGAGUGUGACCGUCGCAUGUGGCGCGUGGCCGACCGCCGCCUCCCUGAAGGCAUCCAAAUGGACGGCGGGAGCGACUGGAUCGCCCUCUCGCGGCAAUUCGUGAGUUACGUGGCGAAAACCCCCGAUGAUCUAGUCACCGGGCUUAAACAAGUCUUUAGACAUACUUUAUUACCGGCAGAGUCGUUCUUUCAUACGGUUUUGCGCAAUUCGAGGUUUUGUGACAGUUAUGUCGAUAAUAAUCUCCACGUGACCAACUGGAAACGGAAGUUGGGGUGCAAAUGUCAGUAUAAGCAUGUUGUUGAUUGGUGCGGGUGUAGUCCAAAUGAUUUCCGGCCCGAUGAUUGGCCGAGGAUUCAAAGCACGCAACCGCGACAGUUGUAUUUCGCGCGCAAAUUUGAACCAAUCAUCAAUCAGGUCGUUUUGUUGAAGCUCGAGCUGUGGCUGUUCGGAUUGGAUAAACCGACAAGGACAGUCCCGAACUUGCAUUCCUAUUGGCAGAGUGUUUACCACCAUUUGGACCUAUCACCGGGCACCGACGACGGUUUGAGAACUGUCAUUUCAUCAGUUGCUCGGGUCUGGUCUAACACAGUCACUAAUGCCACCUGUGGUGUCACAAUCCAAAGGGCCACCUCAUUCCACUCUAAAGACUUGUACAAAUACACUUUGGUCCAUUUUACAAGUGACUCUAGUGAUAUUGAGGUCGCUUUCAGGCCUAUCAACAUGACAUAUCUUGUAGCGCCCUCUACACUAACCAAACGUAUCGAAGAACUAACCGUCAGUAGUGACUAUGACCAGAAAGAGCAAAUCUCACGAAACUUCCCCCGAAUUCUAUCACCAUAUUCCGAACCCGUGUUAGUUUACAAAUUCGCCGCAAGCGCCACUAGUGUCACUCACAACAUCACGUGUCUUUGGCUCGAUCCUAUUGGUUCACUAGUCGAAAUCAGCGACAUAUCAAUCGACGAAAGCGCUCUGAUUGGCCACUCAAAACCCAGUUUGAAACACCCCCACCUACCCGGCUCGUGGACUGUAAAACUAAUCUACCACCAAACGCUUUUAGCUGAAGUCAAGUUCCUGGUAACCCCUCUCGAAUUUUACUCGGGGCUUCCCCUAACCGCCAAGCAAGCCCACUUGAUUCAUGGCGGUACGGUUUCGAAGCCACUCACCGACAACUAUGAUAAGUUUAUAAAAAACAGUGAUGAGGGUAUUUUGAAGGCUGUCAGUGUGUCCAACGCGAAAAAAACGGACAAGGAGUUGCAGGGUUGGAUCGAUUCGUUGUUUAGUAAGUUUUACGUGAUUGAGAAAAGUUGUGCGGUUGGUAGGACUGAAGUUUGUGGGGUCCAAGUCGAGGAGUGCAGGAGGACGAGUUGGAGUUCUUUCGCGCCAGAUCAGAAGAGUUUUAUUGGAAAUGUUAAUGAGACGAGUGGGGCGUUUGAUAUUUGGUAAGAAAAUUCAAUUUCGGCCAUUUUUACGGCAAUAAUUAUGAACGGAAUGGGAAAAUAAAAAACAGGGCGAUGCAAUUUUAGUUCACUGUCGGAUAUCUGUUUCAGAAUUGAGAGUUUUAACUAUUCACUUUUUUGUCUAUACUCGUUUUCAUAUUGAUGUGCAUCGAAGUAGUCGUUGAAAGGGAUCAUUUUAAGGUG